AGUAUUAAAAUUUAAAAAUUAUUUUUAACUUAACUAAUUUAAAUCUAUUAUUAUUUAUUUUUACUUAACUAUUAAAUAGUUACUAUAGUUAACUACACAGUACAUAAAGCUAAAACUAAAAUGAUCUAAUGUUUAACUCAUUAUGUCACAAUCUCAGUGAAUCAUACCAAAUUGAAUAUUUACAUCAGUCGCCAAACACUAUUCCUUGUGUUAUAGCACCACUCUGUAUUAAAUAAUAGUGAUAAAUAUUUCAUCAAUUACGAUUUAACGACUGUUGAAUGCAAAUUUCUAUACCAUAAUUUUAGUACGUACAACAUAAUCAUAAUAAAAAAUCGUAAGACAUUUUUCUAUUAAAGAAACAUCCCGAAAUAUCAUGCUUCUUCGAUCAAAACAUUAGACCAGAUAAAAAGAAAAUGAUAUUCAAAGCACUUAAUAAAGUGCGGCCCAUGUGUGGCUUGCAUUGUCCUCUAAACUCUGUGUUUAACAAACGUACACACAAUACUAGUUCAAACAGUGAACAAAAAAAGAGAAUACGGUCUACUGUAUAUUAUCUUUCUUCAUUAGGAGUAUUAACAGUCGGUCUAAGUUAUGCGGCUGUGCCACUGUACAAAAUGUUUUGUCAGGCAUUCAGUUAUGGUGGAACACUUAACCAUAAUAUAGAAGAUUCUAAAGUAGAAACAAUGAAGCCUAAUAGAAACCGAGAGAUCAAAGUUCAUUUCACUGCUGAUACAUCGUCCAGUAUGCAAUGGAGCUUUAAACCUCUUCAGAAUGAGAUCAGAGUAGCUCCAGGUGAAACAGCAUUAGCAUUCUAUACAGCUAAAAAUCCAUUAGACAAGCCAAUCACGGGUAUCAGCACCUACAAUGUUGUACCUUUUGAGGCCGGACAAUAUUUUAAUAAAAUACAAUGUUUUUGUUUUGAAGAACAACAGUUAAAUCCAAAUGAAGAAGUUGAUAUGCCAGUAUUUUUUUUUAUUGAUCCAGAGUAUACAACUGAUCCGAAAAUGGAGAACAUUGAUGACAUAACACUGUCCUACACAUUCUUUGAAGCCAAACAAGGCAUGGAUUUAUCAAAUAUUUUCAAACACUGAUACAGUGUAUAAUUUAUGCUUCUGGUAGUAAACUUUGUUAAUAUUAUUGCAUAUACGCUUUGGUUUAAUAUAUUUU